AUGGCCUCGUUGUAUGGCCGUGAUGACAACGCCGAUCGGAGCAACGAGCUCAAUGCCACAACGACAAUUGUCCUCGUGCUGUCCGCUGUCUUUGUCGCUCUGCGCUUCUGGGCGCGAUAUGUGAGGAUUGGAUAUGGGACUGAUGACUGGUUGACGCUGGUAGCCCUGGUCGUUGUUUUCAUCACAGGAGGUCUCAAUUAUGGCAUGGUUGCGCAUGGUCUCGGAAAGCAUGCCAAGCGCGUGUCGGAAGAAGAUCUAAUCAUCUUCUUCAAGAUCCUCCUCGCCUUCGAAUGCAUCUACGUCACAGCAGUAAUGCUCAUCAAACUCGCCCUUCUAUCGAUGUACCUACGCAUCUUCCCAUCUCGAAACUUCCGACUAGCCUCGGCCAUCAUCGCUGCUAUUGUAAUUGGCUGGUGGAUUGCGAUUUGCGCCGUGUGCAUCUUUCAGUGCCAUCCGAUCAAAAAGGCUUGGAUGCCGUGGCUUGAUUAUGGGACUUGCAUCAACCUCAAGGCGUCGUUCAUUGGCAAUGCGAUCCCGAAUAUUGCAACGGAUAUUGCCAUUCUGUGUCAACAUGGCGCAGAAAUUGUCGCUGCUGGUUAUCUUUUUGCUGGGCAGUUUGGACCCUCGCUACAGCUUGCACCUGGUGUGUCGUCGAAGUAG